GCCACGCGGUGAGGCCGCGGGCGGGACGCGAGCUGCGGCGCUGGCAGCUGGAGUAACCUGGUCGGUGUAGGGACGUUUCGUGGCGAUGGCUUCUUUCGUGACGGAAGUCCUGGCUCACUCGGGGAGCUUGGAGAAGGAGGAUCUCGGCACUCGAAUCAGCCGCCUGACCCGGCGGGUGGAGGAGAUCAAGGGUGAGGUGUGCAAUAUGAUCAGCAAGAAGUACAGUGAAUUCCUACCUACAAUGCAGAGUGCACAGGACCUGGUUACCCAGGUGGACAAGCUAUCUAAUGACAUCGACCAGCUGAAAUCCAGGAUAGAGAGUGAGGUCCGUCGGGAUCUUCACAUAUCGACUGCUGAAUUUACAAGCUUGAAGCAGCAGCUGGAAAGAGACUCUGUAGUCCUGGAUUUGCUCAAACAACUGCAAGAGUUUUCUUCUGCUAUUGAAGAGUAUAAUAGUGCAUUAGCGAAGAAGAAAUACAUCCCUGCUGCUCAGCACCUGGAGGAGGCACAGGAAUGCUUGAAGUUAUUAAAAUCCAGAAAAUGCUUUGACUUGAAAAUGUUGAAGUCUCUCAGCAUGGAGCUUACUGUCCAGAAGCAGAACAUCCUUUACCACCUCGGAGAAGAGUGGCAGAAGCUGAUUGUAUGGAAGUUUCCGCCGUCAAAAGGUGCUGCUGACCUCAGGGACCAUGUAAAGGAAGUUGAGAAAGGUCCUUGA